UACAAACUCACCCGUGUUAUUCUUCUUCUUCUUCUUCCGUUUUACUUUUUCUCCUUUUUUGUUCUUUUUUUUUCUCUUCUUUUUUCCUUCGUUAUUCUGGUGUUCCAUGAUACCUAUUUCGCCUUUAUAGGAUCGCACAUUCGCACUUCCUUUGGCGGACAUCCAUCGACUCUACCCGACGACCUCCUCCUCGGUCCCAUCGCAGAUCCCCUCGGACCCUCCCACCGCCAAAGAUGUCCCUCCCACGGGGUCUAUGCGCGGUCCUCAAGAAGAACCCGUCCGAUGUCGUCAUUCUGUCCUCCCUACGAACACCAAUCUGCCGCUCCUACCGUGGCCAGCUGAAAGACGCGUACCCGGAGGAGCUCCUGUCCGUGGUCCUUCGAGCCACCCUCGACGCCAACCCGAACCUCGACCCCUCCAAGAUCGACGAUGUCGCCGUCGGUGUCGUACUCUCCGAGCUUGGAGGCUCCAAGGCCGGCCGCAUGGCCAUGAACCACGUCGGCUACCCCAACACCACCUCCUUCUACACAGUCAACCGCGCCUGCUCGUCCUCCCUCCAGUCCAUCGCCCUCAUCGCCUCGCAGAUCCGCACCGACAUGAUCUCCGUCGGCAUCGGCGCCGGCAUGGAAAGCAUGACCCGCAACUACGGCAGCAAGGCCAUCCCCGUCGACCUCUGGCCCGAGCUGCGCGACUCCCCCGUCCAGGACGCCCGCGACUGCAUCAUGCCCAUGGGCCUCACCUCCGAGAACGUCGCUGAGCGGUACGGCGUCUCCCGGGCGGACCAGGAUGCCUUCGCCGUCGAGAGCCACCGCCGGGCCGCCAAGGCGCGCGAGGACGGCUCGUUCGCCCGGGAGAUCGUGCCCGUGCGCACGCGGUUCCAGGAGGUCGACAAGCAAGGGAACAAGGUCGGCGAGGAACAGACCGUGACCGUCACCAGCGACGACGGCAUCCGCGCCAACGCCAGCGUCGAGGGCCUCGCCAAGCUCAAGCCCGCCUUCAAGCCCGAUGGUGCCAGCACGGCCGGUAACUCGUCACAGGUGUCCGAUGGCGCGGCGGCCGCGCUUUUGAUGCGCCGGAGCACGGCCACCGAGCUGGGUCUCUCCGGGAACAUCAUCGGCAAGUUCGUCGCCGCUGGCACGGCCGGUUGCCGGCCCGACGAGAUGGGUAUCGGUCCUGCCGUCGUCAUCCCCAAGCUGCUGGGCCAGCUGGGGCUGCAGAACGAGGAUGUGGACCGCUGGGAGAUCAACGAGGCUUUCGCCUCUCAGUCUAUUUACACCCUACGUGCCCUCGGCUUGGAGAAGGCCUGGCAGGAGGGUCGCGUGAACCCGGACGGCGGCGCUAUCGCAUUGGGUCACCCCUUGGGCGCCACUGGCGCGCGCAUGACGAGCACCUUGCUCCAUGGCCUGGGCCGCUCCGGUGGCGAGGUCGGCGUCGUCAGCAUGUGUGUGGGUACUGGAAUGGGCAUGGCAGGCGUAUUUGUACGGGAAUAAAGGGAGGAAAAGCCGGGUUUCGCCUGGCCCAAUGUAACAUAUAGACUGCCGACCAUAUUGGGGUCAGCAAUGGAUGGACGGAAGCAAAACAAAAAGGCGUUUGUAUCCGGAACUUUUCAAUUCUUCAUUUCAUCAUAGUAGUUUAUCAUAGACAAAACAAGUGGUCAAACCAACGACCACUCAAGACGACAAUGUCUCUGUCUGGGUGGC